AGUAGUGAAGGUUAGUGUCUCUGUGUUCAUUUUGAAUGAAGACAUGUUCACCGACCUGUGAAUCUUCUCUCUUUCUCCCAAUGUGGUCACACAAAGCCCCAGUCUUCUAAGGAAGAUCUGGAUCUGGAAUAGGCUUAUUGUAGUUGGCCCUUUAUUGUUUUGAAGGGCUUAAGAGGUUGUCCAUGAGAGUUGGCUGUCUCUCAUUCCGCCAGCCUUAUGCUGGCCUGAUAUUGAACAGUGUGAAGACAGUGGAGACCCGAUGGAGACCUCUGCUGGCUGAGCUGCAGGACUGCACCCUGGCCAUUCACAUAGCUCACAAAGACUGGGAAGAUUUGGGAUGGAGAGAGAUCCUCACUCACUCACUGCAAAUGAGCGAGUCCCAAAUACAGAGCCUACUAGCUGAAGGGGAGAAGUUUGGCAGAGGAGUAAUUGUCGGAUUAGUUGAUAUCGGAGAGACCUGGCAAUGUUCGAGUGACAUAAGUCCCGAGGAAAUGAGGUUGCUAGAGGGACAGGCGGUUCUUCGGGGAUUGGAGCACAAAUAUCUCACCACUUUGUCCAAACCACGAUGGCUGCUUGAGCCAGUUCCAGCCAGAGGGCACAAGGAUGUAUGGAUGGUUGAUAUUCCUGAUGAACUGAUUCCAUGAUGACCGAAUUAAAAAUAUCUGACUGAUAAGAAGGAAUUGAGCAGAACUACUGCAAUCUCGAAUACUGGAACAAGUAACUGCUGGCUAACUAAAGGAGCAGGAAAGUAUUAUUUUUAAUUCGUUAGUUUUUGUUAUGUUACUACAUGUGUAUUGCUACAGUUGAUAAUGUGAAAAAAGCAUUGUGAAAUGCACUGUAUUCACCCUCAACAAAAAAAAAGUGGUAUAUGUUACAAUAAAG